AUGGAGCAUGUUUUGGGAAGGAGAAAUGCAAUUCCUGGCAGUGUCAGUCCAGAAAAGGUAAAGGAAAAAGUGCGCCGUCCAAGGCGAGCUCUUCCAAAUAUAAGCCACACUGCUGACGUCACCAAUGAUGAAAUCCAAAUGAUGAAGUUGGCUGCUCAGACGUGUCGUGAAAUAAAUGCUAGGGCCAAAGAUACUAGUGAAAGCCAAGAAACCAAGAAACAUUCAAGUAGUAAUAGGAAGACCAGUAAAGCUAUUCUAAACACAUAUGCCAACGAUGCGUUCUUCGUGAAGACAACUAACCGACAGGAUUAUGGUGGCUCUUUGGCCAUUGCACGUAAUCUCGUGCACGUGCCUACGACAAUGUGCCCGGACGUCGAUAAGCACGUUGAAAGGGUUUACAAACUAAGACAUACACUUCCACUUGCCUGCCCAACGUGUUGGAGUCUCCAAAGAAACUACGUAUGA